CGGCGGAAGCAAUGGGUGCAGGGCACAAGUGUGAAACGCAAGGUGAGGCGGAACGUGAAGAGAGAGCUUGUGUAGCUUCGAUUUGGAAUAAAGAACUGAGCCUGCUUUGGGAAUUGCUCUCAGGGACCGCUACUGUUGUUCCCGAGAAGCAGUGAUGUCGACGCUGUCCAAUUAUGGGCGGCGCAUGAUGCGCCUUAGUGCACAGAUAUUUCAGGAGGUGGUACAACCUACUGAUGAGCGGUCGAUGAAGGUGGUAAAGCUGUUCAGUGAGCAGCCACUGGCACUACGGAAAGAGGUAUUUGACUGGUACCCACAACAUAACCACUACUACACCUUGAUGCAGAGGCUGCGAUUCAUGGGUUUAUACAGAGAUGAGCAUGAGGAUUUCAAAGAUGAAAUGAAACGGCUGAGGAAGUUGCGAGGCAAAGGGAAGCCAAAGAAAGGAGAAGGGAAGCGAGCCCUGAAGAAGAAAUAGGGGCCAGAUCUGGCCAGACCACAGUCCUCUCUUUGUCCAGUCACAUCUGCCUACCUGUCUGUUGCUCUACAGUCCCUUCUUGUUCUUUGCAACACAUACCAAAUUUAGUUUUGUCACCUUCCUUUUAAUUCCCUCUCUGCUGUUGUAGGGAGUGCUGUGUUUCUGGUCCUCAAAGCAGCAAAGUUUAGAUGUAAGGAGCAAGUCUAAGAUGAAUUACCUGUGUCCCAGCUGGUCUGGUUGGAUGGGAGUAUUAAUCCACAGAGAGAGGACGAGGUCAGGAAUUCCUGAUGUGUACUUUUAGAAUAACCUCAACCUGCAUGCUACAGUUUAAGGAUUUCUGGAUUGGAACUUCAAAUCUGCCAGAGAUUCGAAUACAAUUCAACAAGCCAGAAAUGGGCAUUCUAUGGGGUUAAUACUGCGGUGACCCCUCAAUAUUCAUAGCUCAUACUCCUUCAAGGGGAAGCACUAGGCACCCAUGGGAACAGUUUAAAUGAGGUGCUUUGGGAUUAAGAUUGAAGAGAAAGAUUUUGACCAUUUUUACAGCAGCAGUUGUCAUAUGCACUGCCCAGAACAAUAGAGAAAGAAUGAUGAAUGAGGGAGCACUGAUGAACAAUGCCACAGCUACAGCUCUCCUCAUCAGACACUGCAGUGCCACUUUCAGUUGUGUGGCUGUGGAAAGCAGCAUGAGUCUUGCUAACCCCUUCCAUCCCACUGCCUCUUCCAUUGUUUGUCCGUUCAGCACGACAUUGACUCAGUUCCUGAAUGACAGCCACAUCAAGAUUUACCAGUGAAUGCCUGAGAGAGGGAAUUAUAGCUUUAAUAUGCUCAGGGAGCAUUGUGUAUUCUAAUCUUCGAACUGAUGGAACCACAACCAGUUUUUCAGCCACAGAACACUUAACAAUCUGAAAUGGUUCUAAAUGUUAUUUUCUAUCUGUACAAUGGCCUGUGAUCCAUGGCAGUUUAUAACUGGCUUGUAACCAAACGUGUGUGUAAAGGAUUAGUGGAUUUUGACCCCGGACACCUAAUGCCACUGAAAUGCAAUGCAAAUACAGCUGGUGACUCUGCUGUUGUAAUAAAUGGUGAAAUGUG